GCUGAGAUUCAUAACGUCUCUCUCUCUCUCUCUCUAAAAUCCAAUCAUUUCCCGAAAGACAAAACAACAAAAAAUCACACACACAACACAACACACCACCACCAAUCCCCAAUCUCUAACUUUUCCCCUUAAUUUUUCCAUUUUCUCCCUCAGAUUCCCGCAAAUAUUCACAUCGCAUCUUUUCCCACUGCCAAUUCCAAUCCAAUUCUGGAUUCCCAAUGACUUCUCCCACCUCUUUCUUCCAUCUCUCUCCACAAUCUCUGCCUUCAAAUUCUCUCCUCCAAUUUUAACUCUUACUUAGUGACUAUAACUAUGUAUCAUGCGAAGAAGUUUUCGCCGGGUAGCAUGGUGCCUCAUAAAUCUCAAGGUGGUGCUGAACAGCUUGCAAAUGUUGGGGUUUUGGGUGGAUCUGCAGUGAAAAAUGCCGCACCUGCUGGGGGAAGUGGGAAACAACGGUUAAGGUGGACAUCUGAUCUUCAUGACCGUUUUGUGGAUGCCAUUACGCAACUUGGUGGACCAGAUAGAGCAACACCAAAAGGUGUUCUUAGGGUGAUGGGUGUUCCUGGAUUGACUAUUUAUCAUGUUAAAAGCCAUUUACAGAAAUAUCGCCUUGCAAAGUACUUGCCUGAAUCACCAGCUGAUGGUAAAGACUCUAAAGAUGAGAAAAGGAAUUCUGGAGACAGCCUUUCUGGUGCAGAUUCCUCCCCGGGAUUGCCAAUCAAUGAUGCCUUGAGAAUGCAGAUGGAGGUUCAGAAACGUCUACACGAGCAGCUUGAGGUUCAAAAGCAGUUGCAAAUGAGAAUUGAAGCACAGGGUAAAUACUUGCAAAAGAUCAUAGAGGAACAGCAGAAAUUAGGUAGUACCUUGACAACCUCAGAAACACUUCCUUUGUCCCAUGAUAAGCAAAAUCAUCAUCAAUCAGAGGCUUCUGGAUCUAGUGAUGCCCUUGCAAGCACUUUGUCUCCACGUAAAAAACAGAGAAUUGAUGAUGGUUCCAAGGAUGGCUUCACUGUUUCCCAAGUAAGAAAGACUGCACAAAAUAAUGACUGCAAUGCUGGUCAGUUGGAUCCAAACUUGUAUGAUGAUGCUGGGUUUGGAUUUGAUUUGGAGACAAAAAAGGAUGAAGAUAAGGAGAGCGAGCAGUAAGAAGUAGGUUCGGUUUGUAGGCCAACGUGUGUCUGAUUGUAAUGUGUAGUGUAUUUUUCUGGUAGAAAAUACAAAUCAUGCUUUGUAAAUUAUAUUUCACACAAUCCAUUUGUACAUAUUAAUGUAGAUAUAGAUGCAUUCUUCUCUCCUGUUGUGAGAGUCAUAAACACUCUGCUCUCCACCCAACAGAAAUGCUUUGACAUGCUUUACAUGUGUGGUCAUGGAUGAUGAUGUUGGGUGCAGGAUACUUGUCAAUGUUCAGGUUGUUAUGGUCCAAGUCUUUAUCAAAGUUAUCAAUUAGCUGGUGAUGACAUUGUUUGAUCCUGGUAACCAACCUAAUCGAAGUUUUCAAUUAGUUUGGUUCUUAUUGUUGGA